AUCGGGUCGAGAUCGCACUGCUUCCUCCGGCUACUAGCCCACCGGCGCCAGCCUGAGGCAUGGGAUUACUAGAUAUUUUGACUCUCGAGUACUCUCUUCCAUCGAGUCAUCAUCACCCUCAAAUUCCAAUGCCGCAUCCAGCAGAUGCGCAAUCAAGCCUUGGUCUUGUUCUACCUCUGGAUUUCUAAUUUCUUUGACUGGACUUUUUUUACGUUUGCGUUCUCUUCAAGAGGAGCCGCCUUGGACGCACUCCAUCCAUGUUAUCCCUUCAUUCAGUCAAACCUCACUCCAGUUGCAUUUCCAAUUUUUCUUCCGAGUCUUCCAGUUAUGGCUUCUGUAACACUGCUCACAGUUUGGGCCAGCCCCUUUUCCAUGCGAGCCAAGCUUGCACUGUUGCUCAAGGGCAUCGAGCACGAAGAUCUCCCCCAGGAUUUGGGUAACAAGAGUAAGCUCCUGCUCGAGUCCAAUCCAGUUCACAAGAAGAUCCCGGUUCUCAUCCACAAGGGCAAGCCCGUCUCCGAAUCGGUGAUCAUCGUCCACUACAUCGACGAGGUCUGGCCCGAAACAAGCCCACUCUUGCCUCAGGACGCAUUUCUCCGCGCAAAGCACCGCUUCUGGACCGAUUUCAUUGACAAGAAGAUUUUCGACUCCUUGGCACAAUUCAUGCGCAGCAGCGACGGUGGCGCUGCCGUGAACGAGGAGUUCAUCCAAAACUGUAUGCUUCUCGAGGGAGCUCUGGCGGAGCUGGGCAGUGAGGAAGAUGGCCCCUUCUUUGGCGGCGCGAGCAUGUCGUUCUUGGAUGUGAUGCUGGCUCCCUAUUCGGUGUUGAUCCCAGGGGUUGAGCAAGUGAUGGGCUUGAAGCCCGCGAGCCCGGAGCAAUGCCCACGUCUCCACAAACUCUUCGGGGCCGUGGCCGAGCAUCCCUCGGCCAAAGCGGCACUGCCGCAGAUCGAGAAGCUCAAAGAGUUUAUCCAGGCUCACUUUGCGAGAAAGUGAGCGAUCAAAUUGAUAGCGAGUUUAAGGUUUUCAAUGUAUUAGUUCGUUCACUAAAAGGCCACCUCUAGGGCUAUCUCUUUCG